UCUCUUCUAUGCUCUAUGAUCCUAGCGCGAUAUAAAAUCUAUCGAACGGCAAUAUUGUAAUCGAUCUUGAAUCGUCGAACGGCCGGCGAUACAUCGAAACGGCCGUAACGAUUAUUUUUGUGAGGUUAUGAGAUAACCACGUUAAGAUGUUUAAACAAAUUCUCCGAUCCGGGUGUAACUUAAAUCAGAUUUUACCGGCUACUUCGAAAAAGACUGCCGCAAUAUGUCCCAAUGUGAUCCAGCAUCGAGACACCCGGACGUUCUGUACCGCCACGGCUACGGGAAAAUGGGAUUUGUACAGCGCUGUCUGUUUAGAACGUCAUCCGGUUAUAACGCAGCCAAUGCAAGAGAUAGAGCAGAAGUUUCACGAUCUGUUAAAGAAAAUUGAAUAUGAAAACAGUCUCAAGUCCGAUUAUGAAUUAAAGAAGAUAAAAGAGGAGAGACAGAAAAAGUCAGGCGACAAGGACAGCGCGGAUAUUUUAGUGCAAACUGCACAGGAUCUUGAGGACAGUUUUCAGGAGGAAUUGAACAGUUUCAAAUUUGCACCAACCAUUACGAAAUUUGACGAACAAAACGUAACGUCGACUUUAAAACGUAGAUUGGACAAAAAUUUGCUGUUGCUGGUGCAACAAAAAGUAGGCGAUUCACAUUUUUGGAUACCUCCCCAAGGUAUUCGAAGGGAAGGGGAGACCAUGAGACAAACUGCGGAGAGAGUAUUGCAUGAUACAUGUGGUGCAAAAAUGACGGUGAAGUUUUAUGGAAAUGCACCUAUCGGAUUCUACAAAUACAAGUAUCCCAAAAAGCUUAUCGAGCAGGGAAGUCACGGCGCUAAAAUAUUUUAUUUCUUAGCGAAACAUAUGGACGGGGAUGUCACUAAUGGCGUAAAGUAUCAGUGGUUAGAUCACGAAGAAUCAGAAAAAGUAUUACCUAGUGGAGUGCAACAGUGUAUUUCACAAUUUAUGUUAUUCACUUAAAAAAAUAUUAAAAUAUUGCCUCGUCCUUCUUCACUUCUUAUUGUCGAUAUCUUGUCUAUUGCUAUCAUAAUAUUAACAUUAUAAAGUACUCCUAAUAUCCUUUUCAAUUAAAGGAACAUAUUUCCUUUCACGCAAAUAUUUGACGUACAGUCACAAUUAUUAAAUUUUAUUUUUUAUAUUCUUUA